UGUCCCAUUUAUAUAGAUCCGAUUAGAAACUAUUGAAGACUCAGAGUUCCGGAGAACCCUACGCGAACUGACCUAUCAGUUUGUUUGUACAAAAACUUUUUUCUCCAUGUUUUCUGUAAAUAGCAUGAAACUGGCGCUAAUCUGACCGUUCAAAACACUCAAUAAACACACCGACCACAAGAAGGGAUCUGGACAGUAUUAGUCGGGGUGGAACCCGACUCCCCAGCUGCGGGUCCCGCCCCCGAGUCCCCAACUGUUGUUGUCACGUAACUGCUCCACAGCUCCAAACCGCCGGUGGAAGCAAAACAUCUGAUUUCUCGACAAAUAAACAGUAACAGAAGUUGGGAUGGCCUCAGCACCACCAGACCCCCGAUUGGCCACCAAGGUGGAGCUAACAGUGUCAUGUGACAAACUGAUGGACAUGGAUGUCUUCUCCAAGUCAGACCCUCUGUGUGUUUUGUAUAUCUACACUUCUGGCACCCACUGGUGUGAGCUUGGACGCACAGAGAAGGUCAUGAACUGUCUGAAUCCCAAGUUUUCCAGGAGGUUUGUGGUGGACUACUACUUCGAGACGGUCCAGAGGCUGAAGUUCUGCGUAUACGACAUUGACACCGACAAUUACGACCUGAGUUACGAUGAUUUUCUGGGGGAGCUGGAGUGUACUCUGGGUCAGAUUGUGUCCAACAGGCAGAUGACCAGACAGCUGCUGCUAAAGGACAAGAGGCCAGCUGGCCAUAGUACCAUCACAAUCUGUGCCGAGGAAGUAACAGACAACAGAGUGGUGGAGCUGGAGGUGUCCGGUCGCCACCUGGACAAAAAGUUUCUGUGGUGGGUAGAUCCGUUCCUGGAGUUCUACAAGCAGACAGAGACGGGCUGGCAGCUGGCUCAGAGGACGGAGGUGGUCUACAGCAACCGGAACCCCACAUGGAGAGCUCUCCGGAUCUCUAUGAGAUCUCUCUGUGGAGGAGAGGUGGAAAAACCCAUAAAGGUGGACUGUUAUGACAACCACGCUGAUGGAUCACAUGAUCUCAUCGGGAGCUGCACAGCAACGCUGGCGGGGAUGUUACAGGGAACAUACGUGUCCCCCGCUGAAUUUGAGUGUAUAAACCCAAAGAAACUUAAGAAGAAGAAUUAUAAAAACUCGGGGGUCAUUUGCAUAAAACGCUGCCAGGUGGUGACAGAGUUCAGCUUUCUGGAUUACAUCAUGGGUGGAUGUCAGAUCAACUUCACUAUUGCCAUCGACUUCACUGGUUCCAACGGGAUGCCCACAUCUCCUCGGUCCCUCCACUACAUCAACCCAGAGGGCAACAACGAGUACCUUAACGCCAUCUGGGCUGUGGGUAACAUUAUCCAGGACUACAACAGUAACAAGCUGUUUCCUGUGUUUGGUUUUGGAGCCAAGGUCCCUCCAUCCAGCCAGGUUUCCCACCAGUUUCCCCUCAACUUCACCCCAUCUUAUCCCUUCUGUUCAGGUAUAGAGGGGGUGGUGCAGGCAUACCAGAGAUGUCUUCCUCAGGUGGAGCUCUGGGGUCCUACGAACUUCUCUCCCAUCAUCAACCAUGUGGCCUGCUUCGCCAGGCAGACUCAGUUCCAGAAGACGGCCUCGCAGUACUUCGUGCUGCUCAUUCUCACAGAUGGUGUGAUCACGGACAUGGACCUGACACACGCCGCCAUCGUGGAGGCGUCCCGGCUGCCCAUGUCCAUCAUCAUCGUGGGCGUUGGUGGAGCUGACUUCACUGCCAUGGAGUUCCUGGACAGUGACGACAAGCUGCUACAGGCGCCCAGCGGGGAAGUCGCGGCUCGAGACAUCGUCCAGUUCGUUCCAUUCAGAGAGUUUUAUGGAAACAGCGUGACGCUGGCCCAGAGCGUCCUGGCAGAGCUUCCUGAUCAGGUGGCAUCCUUCUUCAAUAAUUACAAGUACAAACCUCCAAACAUCCUCAAAACUCCUGAACCCUUCUGAAACAGCUGAUUCAGCUUCCUGUUUCACAGCUUUUUCAUGCCUGUCUGCAACUCCUGCACUUCUUUAAUAAAUGGUAUGAUGCUACCUUGUCAUUCCUGUCUGACACCUGAAGCACCAGGAUGUGUGCUCAGGUUGGGUUAUCUUCCGUCUCAGGUACAUCUCCAUCUUUUCUCUCCUGAUGAUCCAGGAAACUUUACACCUGACAAACAGUGUAAACAUGAUUUUCACAUGACUGUAUGUUUGUCAGGAAUUACAACCAGGAAUGAACCUUGUUUGAUGCUGCAUUGAUUGAACCUUUUAUUUGAACAAAAUACAAAUGAAACAAAAGGAAUGUACAAAAAAAGGACAAGUAAAAAAAAAAAAAGUCUUUGUCCAGAGGGAGGGGGAAGAGUCCAGCUCUUAUUCAGUCCCACCCUCAUAGCCAGAGACCACUCACUGCUUCUUAUGUAUUUCAUAAUAUACUUACUUAAUACCAAAAUAUCUCUGGAUCUAUAUUUAUAAUUACAAUAAUAAUAUCAACAGUAAUAGAAACAAUACUUAAACUUACGUAUUCAAUAACCAUUAUUAUAAUACAUGUAAUAAUAACAAUAAUAAUAAUAGUGAUGAUUAUGAUAAAAUAAAAUAACUAUUAGU